AUGUCUACCCCCGACGACCAUACCAACACUCUAUCGGAACUCAAACGAGAAAUUGCGUCUUCUUAUGGAUCUGAAUUCCAAACACACAUCACCAAGGCUUGGUCGGAAAUUAUUCAUGAAUUAAGUCAAGUGACCGAAAGCAUUUCGAGAAAAGGCUCUGAGUACAUCCCUCAAGUCAAUCUUUCCGAACUUUCAUCUCUACCUCCAGAGAGACUGGACGAAAUCCGUCGAAUUGGAACUGUUGUAAUCAAAGAUGUUGUAGACGACAAGGAAGCUAGAGCCUGGCAAGAAUCCCUCAAAGAAUUCAUCAAAGUUAAUCCCGAUGUACCAGGCUUUCCGGCGAACAAUAAACAGUUCUUUGAACUUUAUUGGACAAAGCCUCAAGUCGAAGCCCGCUCGCAUCCUAAUGUCCUAGCAGCAUCUACAUGGUUAAAUAAUCUUUAUCGAAACUCAUCUGCAUCUUCCGAGAAGGCCAUGGAAGGUGUUGAUCUAUCAACACCGCUGACUUACGCGGACCGUUUUCGUAUUAGACACCCAGGUGGAGGUUGGGCUUCUUUUCCGCCUCAUGUGGAUGGAGGUUCGAUUGAGCGCUGGCAAGAUUCAGCGUUCAGGUCUUGCUUCAACGACAUUCUUUCUGGGAACUGGCGAAAACACGAUCCUUACGCUCUCAACGGCCGCCUCGAAGCUCGUUCUUCCUUGUAUCACCGAGCUAAUCAAGCAUCGGUGUUCAGAACCUUCCAGGGGUGGCUUGCGAUGAGCGAGACCGCGCCCACAGAAGGAACUCUAAAAGUGUUUCCCGAUGUACUUCUCUCGAACGCGUAUAUAAUUCUGCGUCCGUUUUUUCGCCCUCUGGUAUCAGCUCACUCUGCCGAAAUUCUUGAUCCAAAUAAUUGGAGUUACGACAUAUCCUAUGCCGAUUUUCCCGGCAUUUACCCCAAAGAUGGCGGCUUUGCUGGACCGUGGCCUACUUCAGAAUCCCAUCCUCAUCUGAUGCUUGAUAAGACCAUGAUCUCUGUUCCGAAAGUUAUGCCUGGAGACACCGUAUUUUGGCAUUGUGACGUUGUUCAUUCGGUGGAGGUGGACCAUACUGGUCAGGAGGAUUCGGCAGUGAUGUACAUUCCAGCUGUCCCGACUACUCCUAUGAACAAGGCCUACGUUGAGAAACAAAAGGAGUGUUUCCUGAAAAGUAUCAAUCCUCCUGAUUUCCCCAAAGGCUCCCAGGCUUUCUACGGAAUUUCCCGAACAGCUAAGGAUCUUUUGUCUCCAGCAGGUGCACAUGCUAUGGGCCUCAGUGUUGCAAGCUCAGCAUAA